CACAGCGCUGUGCAGCGCGCAGUCUGCUCUGUCUCCACGGACGCGCUGCUGUCUGGAUACCACGGCUAUUCGCUUUUCUUGGAAUUACAUUUUAUUCUGAUGGUUUUAAACUUCACCUCGAUGCAGAGAAAUGGGUAAACUGCAUUCGAAACAUGCUGCUAUUUGUAAACCAAGGGAGAGUCCAGAAGGCGACAGUUUUGUAGUUAAUGCCUGUUUGGCAAAGAAGGGAAUCGACGACUGGCUGGCAAAGCAGAAAUACUAUCAGCAGGACUAUCCACACAAGAACAACUGCGCUCUGACUCCACGGGACUCUACUGACGUCUGUGCUGAAGGAAUUGGCAAUGAACACUAUCGUUUAGAAGUGGCUCUACCCCCGGAGAAGACAGACAGCUGCUGUGCGGAGGAGAAGAUGCUGGAGAGGGACCGCCAGUCUCCCGCAGGGCCGCAGAAACAGCUCCAGUUUGAAGAGCUGGAGUGUGCUGUGUCUGUGGAGGAAGAUAACAGACAGGAGUGGACUUUCACCCUCUAUGACUUUGACAACAAUGGCAAAGUUACGAGAGAGGAUAUCACCAGCUUGCUUCACACCAUCUAUGAAGUGGUGGAUGCCUCUGUCAACCAUUCCCCCAGCAGUAGUAAGACACUCCGGGUCAAGCUCUCUGUAGCCCCAGACUCUAGCCAGCGGUGGAGAAGCUGUCCACAAGACACGUCCCACGGCAGAGAGAAAAAUGACAAGUGCAUAGAAGACCCUAAGAGUGCAGACAAAAAGACUCGCGCUCUCCAAAGGCGCCACCACAGUGACCACCACACCCAGCCGGGUUGCCAGCGCCACUGUGUGGACGAGAACCUGGAGCGCAGGAACCACUACUUGGAUCUAGCUGGCAUUGAGAACUAUACAUCUCGUUUCGGAACUGGUGAUGUGCCUGCUGCAGAGACAACAAAAGCUGAGACCCAGACCAGGCAAUCAAACCAGACUCGCUCCCGCUCUCAAGAACCUGAAAACGGGCACUCUCACUCGCAGCAUCGCCGCUUGCAGGCUGUAGUGGAUACCCCAGAUGGCCUUCAUGCUGUCCGAUUACGAGUGCACGAACCAGGCAAACACGGGAUUCGCUCUCCGAAGACCCACAGCCGGACGCCUCCUGCACAAAACAGCAGCAGGGCAAUAAGGAGCCGAGGAAAUUCAUCUGCCCCCACCCUGCCCAACCAAAUGCCCCCUCACCAAUCGACUGCACCUUAUCGCAAGCUCAAGCAAAGGUCCAAGGACAGUCAGGGCUAUCGGGCUUUGGGACAUGUGUCUACUACUGGGGCAGUGGUAGAGAAGGAGCAGGUGCGGGACAUGCCCAGUGUGGUGCUUUACGACGGUGCGCAAGUGGUCCAGCGGCACGAGCAUCACCAUCACCACGAACACCAUCACCACUACCACCACUUCUACCAGUCCUGAACAACUACAAACUGAACUGCUCCAGUGAACUACUGUCUCAGAUAGCCUCUUUCCAAAUACUGACUGGGUUUAGUGGAGUGGAGGACAGUCACUGGGAAGCCACAACAAAGACUGUUAUAAGGAAAUGGUUCAGACAUAACAGAGUUUGGUAAAGCAACAGGGACACAAUCCAAGGCCACAAUAUGGCUAUGAGAAUCACAGCUGCUGCUUCACAAAGCUCUCAAAUAACAAAUGAACUGUAUCAAAAGCACCACAUUUGUAAACCACUAAGCCACUGGGGUUAAGGCGAUGGGAGAAUGUUAAGAGUAAAGACUGUGAUGUAAAAAUGAACAUUAAUGAAGGAUAGUGGAUAGGAGAGAGCAGGGCAUAUGCGUGUAUGUGUGUCUCUGAGAAAGACUUUUGUUGUCCUGUGGGUGUCACGACACUGGUGUCUAUGGAGAUACCACUUGAAUGAAUGCUGUAUAAAGCUGGAUGUUUGGCCACAAUUAUUGCAAAAAAUAUGAAGAUUCUUAUUAGAACAUGCAAUAUCCCCAAUGGUAAAAAUAUGAAGGAACCUGCUGAGAAGAAAAAUAAACCGAGAUCCCAAAUCUGCUGCUACCUCUAAUAUAAUCCUAAUUGUUAUGAUUUUAGCUAAGCCUUUACCGGCUCUUUUAAAAUAAGUACACAAAGAGUAGGUGUGUUGAAGUUGUAAAGAACACUCUUUUAUUAACGUUUACUGUACAUAGGUGUAUAUUGUUAGCAAUUUUAUAAGCUUUAUUGAUAAUGUGAUAUCUUUGUAUUCACUAAAACCAUUAUGCUUGUCCUUUAUGACCACUUGACCUACUGUAUAAAAUCCUAUCCACUUUUUGUACGUCUCUCUAUUAGUGCUCUGUAGUUUCUUUUGAGCAAAUUUGGAUUAGAAACCUAAUCAUUUCAUAUUUAUAUUCUUCCAUGGUAGUUAGCCAGCGUUUUUCUAACAGUACUUUUGCCAUAUUUCUGCCCCUUUUUUCUAUGCAGCCCUGUGUAUUUGCCACUAUGACCCCAUUAGUUGUCAGCAAGGACUGGCAUGUGGUGUGGUUGGGCGGGGCUUCUUUCAGCUGUCUCAUUCCUACACUGGAUGCCUCUCUGUCUCUGUAGGGAGCUCUUCACAAUGUCUGCUAAUUUUAAUAUAGGAUAUUCUAUGUUCUCUGGAUGGUUGAGGGACUUAUUUAACAUUAUGAGUUAAGCUAACAUGCAUUUUGAUAAUUACAUGACAUCUGAAUUAGUUUAAUGAGAAGUGCCUUGAAGUUAACACAGUGUAAAACAGUACAAGCUGCCAUUCAUUGCCCCAUAGUUGGAUGUGAUCAUGGUUGGGAUGAGCAGGAUUCUUGUGCAGCAGUCAUCUUCUGCAGCUGUUGUGAUGCUAAGUUAGCCUCAUAGCAUUAUAAUAAUUGAAAUAGUGUUAGUGUAGCGUGUAAUGUGGAAAUGGCAUCUGGACUGGUCACUAUCCUUCCAGCAGGGUGGUCCAGACUAGAGCAUAAAUCUUAAAUGGACAGUAACAACAACUAUAGUUACUAUGAUAAACUGUCCCUUUGUUUUAAGUUAGUACCCUCACUAUUUGUAACCAAAUACGAUGCUGCAUGUGAUUGGCUGUUAAAAGUUCUUCAAAUUAUAAUAUUAUGCAUUAUUUCUGUCAUUUGGACAACAUGUUUAGAAUUUAAGGUUUAUUUAUGAUUUUCAAUAUUAAGCUACCACACUCCAUUUAUUACAGUGCACAAUUCAAUCAGUUUUUUCUUUUUCCAUACAAUGAUGUUGUCAAAGUUCAUCACUGCCAUCCUUUCUACUUGUUUUCAAAAUGGUUUAGAUAAAAUAAAAAGUAGAUGGGUUAUUGAUUACUUGCUUUAUUUAUUGAAUUGCAAAUCUGUGCCAAGGGAAAUGCCAUUUUACAAUAUUAAAGAUAUCCCUGUUUU